GAAAGAUAUUUGGUGUUCGUAAGUUGCCGUCCCGGAGGCUAAAUUUGGCAUGCAAAACAAACGGCUUCUGCUUGCAUUCUGCUGCCGUUCUGUUAUUUUAGUUAGGAUUUUCGGCAUUUCUUUCACAGAUUUGGAUCGGGGAUUCUGUACAUUUUGCUCUGGCGUUUAGUACGAGAGUAGCCAGAUUGAUCCCCGGAGAUGUCGUUGUUUGCCUUGCGUGCAGGCAGUGUCCAGGAGCCGAAAUACGAAGGAGAGGACCUGAAUGAAGAUGGAGAACCAUUCAGCCAGUGGUCAUAUCUCCCAGAUCUUAUUUUAGAGCAAGUUUUUGCUCACCUCAGUAUAAGUGAGCGCUAUGCAGCUUCCCAAGUGUGUAGGAAUUGGUACUAUGCUUUUUACCUCCCAAACACUUGGUCAACAUUUGUGCUUUCUGACACAACUUUGACAAGGCGUAAAUACAAUUAUUAUUCAGGAUGGCAGCAUAUCCUGGACCAUGUAAGGAUGUCCCAAUGUCUCUGCAAAGUAGGAUUCAAUUUCAGAAGUCUGAUUUUUGAGCCUAUGCUUAAUUUUUACAAUCUAUUUGAGUUUAUGAAUAUGAUGUCAUUUUUCACGGAGCAACAAGGACUAGACAAUACAACUGUGAGUGGUGUUGGUUCAAAGGUUCAUACUCUACGCUUCACAUUUCCAUGUAACAUGGCUGCAGAUGAUAGGGAAAGGUGUCGACUUUAUGGAACUGGAGGUAAAUUAUUGGAAGCACUAAAACGGUUGAUGGGAAAUCUAGUAUCCCUUCAAUAUUUAGAGCUGCGAGACCUUAUGCUGGACAUCACUGAGGGUCAAACUCUUUUAGAUGAAGUGUGUGCAACUUGUAGUCUCACCCUGAAAGAAUUAAUCCUUGUAAAUGCUACAGAAGCACCUUGUCAACUUUUACAUGUUGGAAUUUUCCUUAAUUUACAGGUUUUGGUUAUUAGCCCUCAGAAUUUGGGAGAGGAUGUUUUGUCUCUCAUAGGACAGACUAGGCUUCGUCAUCUGCAUAUUUUACAAAACCGUUUCACUCCCUCUGAGUUAAUCCUACUCCCUGUAUCAGGAAGAGCCUGGCAGCUUUGCCGCAAAUCCAACACACACUUGUCUGUUCACUUGGAACUUGAAUCUCCAAGAGAAAGAGAAGUCAUAUGGCAGGAAAGAGCUCCAGUUAGAUCCAUCAUUUACAAUUCUCCCCUAGCAAAGGUCCAAUCAGAGUCAAUAAUGACUACAAUUGAUCUGUAUGCUAAAGACCUGAGAGCGUAUGGGCACCUAGGACUUCCUCGAUUCCAUCGCUCGAGGUCUUUCCAUGAUAGAGUGGAUGCCCUGCUCCUCCUCCUUGUCCGACAGUCUGUGUGGCUCCACACCUUGAUUGUCCGGGAACGUGUGUCAACUGCAACUGUCUUACUUCUAGCUAAAGCUGGUAGAAAUUUAAAAAACUUUGUCAUCCGACGUAAUGCUGUGAUUCUUCGCUGUGAUUGGCCUAGAAGCCCAGACUGGGAUGAUGAAUUUCAUCAAUGGUUGCAAGUGUCUGCUAGGUCCUAUGAUGCCACUGAAAAGGAGGUUUCUCAGUUGCUUGGUUUUAAGUGGUGUAUGCUGAGUGACAAGCAGUUCAAGGCCCUGUCUGUUAAUGUUCAUAAUUUAAACUAGAAAAUGAAAAAUUUUAUGAUAUGCAAGUCUGAGUGUUUUUGAGUUGGUGGUCAAUUAUAUUGUUCAUUUAAAUAUACUAGCCUUCUGUGUAGUUUUCUGUAGUUGUCCAAAAAUAAUUUUUCUAUUAGAGUCUUAAUUAAUAAAUGAGAUGUAAAGACCAAUACUGUAUAAGCAAUUAGUCCGCAUGCAAAGUACCCUUAUCCUAAUCUUAAUUGAAGGCUGAUUUUGUUUUGUCAGCAAAUGUAGGAUUUUUGCCCCUUUGUUUGUUGUUUUUUUGGCGGGUGUGUUAUUUUAUUUUUUAAAUAUAAGACAAAUUUCUCUGGAGA